AUGUCUUUGAUAUUUCAUCAUAAUAUCCCAUGGAGUCUCAUUACCGACCAACUCAUGGGAUGUAGCUGUGCAGCCGAUGAAUGUCAAGAUAAGUGUACUUGUCGAUCUCGAUCUGGUGAAAGUUAUACAAAGGAUGGUCGUCUACUUGACUUUCGGCAUCCAGUGUUCGAGUGCAAUUCGGCCUGUACGUGCAGUUCAAGCUGCUCAAAUCGUGUGGUACAACGUCACCUGUCCGCUGUACAAUCUGCAGGUCACAUGAUCUAUCGCAUCACUGAGAGGUGUGGUGUUGGUCAGUGCCUGAAUGCUGCUCGAAACUUUGAGCCAGGCGAGUUGGUAUGUGUGUAUUUGGGCGAAGUUAUCCCGUACACAGAAGCUUGUAGACGAGAAGCAAAACAACUGGAAAAAUACGGGCACAAUUAUGUACUGAUCUUACGAUGCUUUGCUGGGGCCUCUUUAGUAUCUGAAGUAUGUGUGGAUGGUAACUCGUUCGGUCCCAAUGGGUCCCCACCUGUUGCGCGUUUGGUAAAUCACUCAUGUGAUCCUAAUCUAACGCUCGUUCCCGUGCAUGUUGAUAGCGUUAUCCCGUAUGUGUGCAUGUUUGCCAACAGAUCAAUACCUUGUGGAACAGAACUUACCUACAAUUACGCCGACUGCGUGCCGGUUGAUCAGGUAUCCAGUUCCAGCGUGCCAUGUCUUUGCAAUUCGAGCAAUUGUCGAGGAUAUCUUCCGAGAGUGAACCUU